GUCUCACGAUAGUCUCCUGCUGAAAUGCUGAAGCGUAUGGAGAAACUGUCUAAUUGGGAAAGCAAGACAGUUCGGCACAGUAGGACCCUCAGCAAAGCCAAACAUUUUGGAAGUGUGAUGGCCUUUACAAGUGGCUCUUAAUGUAGUAAAACCUGGAAAGGUAAAACGUAGCAACUCCUGAGUGGGCAGUGAACAAGACAAAGGUAACUGGCUUAUCAUAGGUUGAGCACUGCAUACUGCAAUUUAUAAAAGUCUUCUAUCACUGCUUUUUUGAUGGGACCCCUUGCGUUAAUAGCUUCAAGGUUAACUCUACCGAGAAGACAAAGUGGUUCGACCAUGCCACAAUGGUUAUAACUGUGUUCUUAUUACUGUGUCUAAUUGAUCCCAGCAGGCAGUCAUUUCACUCCACAAAGCUGAGUGUGGUUACGAAGGUGUCCUGUGCCAAGGGCCAGGCGUGUGACCCAAGACUGCGCAGAGAUGCUGGGGGUCGCGGCGGCGUGUAUGAGCACCUCGGGGGAGCACCAAGACGGAGAAAACUGUACUGUGCCACAAAAUACCACCUCCAGAUUCAUCCUAAUGGCAAAAUCAACGGGACUCUGGACAAGAACAGCGCGUUUAGUAUAUUUGAGAUAACAGCGGUUGAUGUUGGAGUUGUGGCCAUCAAAGGCUUGUUUACCGGGAGGUACUUGGCCAUGAAUAAAAGGGGAAGACUUUAUGCCUCGGAUGUAUACAAUGCAGAAUGUGAAUUUGUGGAACGCAUCCAUGAACUUGGGUAUAAUACAUAUGCAUCACGUUUGUAUCCAGCUGUAUCCAGUGGAUCUGGCAAAAAGCGAAAAGCUACAGCAGAAAGACUAUGGUAUGUAUCUAUCAAUGGUAAAGGUCGACCAAGGAGAGGUUUUAAAACACGAAGGACACAAAAGUCAUCUCUCUUCCUUCCUCGAGUAUUGGAUAACAAAGACCAUGAAAUGGUGCGGUUAUUCCAUACUAGUGCUAAAUACAGAGAGACUAUACUGAAAAAUCCAAACAGGAAUGACAGGAGGAGGAGAAGAGGACACUAAUUUAAUAAAUAAAACUGCAACUGCAAUAAAGCAAAACAAUGUCACGUGAUGAAACUGAUGACACUUUCAGACUCUAGGACAUUACUAAGAGUUGUUUCUCUGUGGAGUUUUUAGAAUGGGCUUAUUAAAUUACCUGAAUGACACUGUUUUGUAAAUAUGUACAUUGGCUUGAUGUCACUAUUUUGUCGAAAAUGCUAAACGUUUUUAAAGUUGCCAGUUUAGAAUGCUGGUUGACCUCUUCAAGAAAUUAUUAGUUUUUUUUAAUUUAAACUUGGUCUGUGAAAGGAAUAUACACUGUAUAGAAAAGCACUUUCAAGUUAUUAAAAUAUAUUUUCAGCA